UUUUUUACGCUUUAGUUUUUAGGCGUCUAAACAUUUUCUUUAUAUCCAAGCAGUAUUUGCAGUAUUUUGGAGGUCUCUUUAGUAUGAAAACAUGGAGCUUUCAUAUGCACAAGUGUUAUCAGUGCUUUCAGUUCGCGGGUUACCGGCGUGUGCAGCUGUUGGGCUAUAAGAACGACCACGGUAUUUAAAACCGCGACAGUCGCGUAAAGUGCCACAAUCUUGUACGAUGACAAAAUACUUGGCACUGGUAGCUCUCGUAGUUGGCUGGUCGACGAAGACUUGGGCCAUAGACGCGGGUUGUGAUUACUACCAAGUCAUUUCACCCGGGAAAACGUACUACGUCUACAGCCCUGGGUACCCCGAGUCUUACACUGGCCAACAUUCGUGUCGGUGGUACGCGAAGAGCGCAACGAAGGUCAAGAUCAGUUGUCAGACCUUUUCCCUGCCAGCCUCCAACAACUGCGCCGGAGACAGACUUUCCAUCUCCCCAAGUGGUAACCUUCAGCUGGCCGAUGCGCACAAUUACUGCGGAGUCGGAACCUUCGACACCACGUCCAAUGGCAACAACAUGAACAUCGUCUUUACGGCGUUUAAGGGAACCAACGGAGGCAGGUUUCUCUGCACCCUCGAAGCGACGCCCAAUGCCUCUUCACCGACCUGCAACUGCGGAUGGAAGAAGCAGUCAAGAAUCGUUGGUGGCACAACGACGGGUGUCAACGAGUUUCCGAUGAUGGCUGGAAUCGUCGAUGUCAAUCAGCGACUCGUCUUCUGUGGCGCAACCAUUAUCUCCCCAACUGUCGUUGCAUCCGCCGCUCACUGCUUGCAGAACAUGGCUACUAAAGAAACCGCCGUUUUGGUUGGGGAUCAUGACCUUUCUACUGGUACCGAUACAUCGGCAGCGGUACUUCACCUCGUUGCCAAAAUACUUCUUCAUCCAUCGUAUAGCGUGGAUACUAACGCAAAUGACAUUUCGUUAGUAUUCACGCUGGAACCCAUUGUUUUUAAUAUGGAUGUGGGUCCAGCGUGUCUUCCCUUCGCAUACGCCUCGACGACGUUCGUUGGAAAUGAGGUUGAAAUGUUAGGCUGGGGCACGCUCGAGUUUGCCGGAGCGAAAUCAGACGUCUUACAAAAAGUCAAGGUGAACGUCACGUCGAUCAAUCGUUGUCAGCAAUCGUUUCCACAGGUUACAAACAAACAAAUCUGCACUUAUACACCGGGAAAAGACGCUUGUCAGUUUGACAGUGGCGGACCUCUUCUCUGGCAAAAUGAAUACAAUGGGAGAUUAUUUCUCGUUGGAAUAAUCAGUUUCGGAGAACUUUGCGCCGACAAGAAACCCGCUGUUAACACUCGUGUCGGUGCGUACCUGGACUGGAUCUUAUCGAACACGCCAGACGAUUACUGCAGGGUUCAGUGAAACGGCGUUCCGCAACUGCACGUAGCUAGUUGCAAGUCUUCGUAAAUUUCGGCUACGAGAGUCGAUGACUUAUUUGAAGUAUGAAAAAACGCUUGUACAUAAUCAUAAUUUAAUAAAAUAUUCGUAGUAUAAAUGA